AUGGCUGAAUUAUUUAAAGAUUGGACUGAUACUCCUGGUGGGAUCACUAUAAAUAAAUUGGAAGCGCAGCUAGCUAUUAACAAUGCACCAAAGGAAGAAUCAUCCCUUGAAAUUCUAUUAGAUGAAGUUAAACAACUACGUAUUCAAGUGAAUGAACUAUUAAAGCCCAAAAAUGAUAUGAGUAAGGGAAUAUUUAUCCUUCCAAAUGAAAUAUUAAGAAUCAUUUUGCUGUAUUUGAAUCAAAUGGAUACAAUUCACUUGGCUUUAACUCAUCGGUCCUUUGAUAAAGUCUGUAAGGAGAAAUUGUUUAAAUCACUUUAUGUAGAUGAAGUUCCUAUCUUGAUAAAUAUUCCAAAAAAGUUAUAUUCCCCAUUUUAUAUGAAGUACACGAUUAUUCACCUGGAUAGAUUCUUCGAGUUACUCUCGAGUUUUCACUACAAACCCGAGUUAAUUAAGAGCAUACUUUUUGUAAAUGAUGAGUUUGUGAGUUACAAAACAUUGAGUUAUAUUAUUAAAGACGCCACUAAUUGCAGUAUCAGGUUUCAGCAUAUUACGGCCGCCGACACUAAAAUCUGGAUAAUCGCACAUCAGAAAACUACACGUUCUGAUUAUUUCAUGUUUAAUUAUGGUUCGGCAGAUGUAAAUCCUCGUGAGAUCCCCGAGGGAGCAAGGCUUGUAUCCGCGCAUCAAUUUCUCGACAGGGUUGUGAAUGAAAUGGCACUCUCGAAAAUGAAAAGAUUGAAGAGCAUCACACUAAUUGACCCUCCGUCAUUUGUUGUCGAUGAACCGAUUGUGGUAGACGAAUUAUACUUGACAGGAACCACGGACACGCUAUUACGUGACAUUUUGAAAUGGUUUGCGCUUCUGAAGAUUAGGCGAUUGCAAGUCUGGUGCGACGAGCAAACAUUUCCAGAUACAAUGUGCUCAUUGGCGCCUGAAUUGCAAUCACUUCGUGCAUUGGAACUUAACUUUGAAAGUUGGGAUGACUGGCAAAAGUUUACGGAAAAGUUAAAACGGGAUUCAAAUGUUCUUUAA